AUGGAACCCCAUAGAGUCUCUGUGGAACCCCAAAGAAAAAGACGAAGGUUGGCGAUGGCUCCUAAAAGAAACAAAGUGAAAAACCAGACAAAAACACAGAAAACAAAAAGAAAAAUGUUUGCGUACUCCCAAGAUGGCCUUAGGAGGGCUCUUAUUCAAAUCCAGGAAAAUGGUAUGGGCAUCAGGGAAGCUAGUAGGGAAUUUGCCGUACCCAAAACAACCUUGCAAGAUAGGUUAAAGGGAAAAGUCCCUGAAAUUCCCAUGAAAACGGGACCACCACCACGCCUUACAGUGGCUGGGGAAAAUGAGAUUGUCCAGUGGUUAAUCAACAUUGCUAAAUGUGGAUUUCCCAUAAGAAAAAUUGAUUUAAUAUCGACUGUGCAAAAGAUUUUAAAAGACUGUGGGAAAGAAACUUUAUUUAAAGACGGCAAGCCGGGGCAGAAAUGGUACCUAAAUUUUUUAAGGCGGCAUCCUGAAAUAUCUCUGAGGGAGGCGGAGACCAUUACUAAAGCAAGAGCAUUAAUUACCGAGGAAUCAAUACGGCUAUGGUUCAGAAAUUUGAGAAUGUAUUUAACCCAGAAUAAUUGUAUAGAUAUUUUGGAUGACCCUUCGAGAAUUUUAAACGGCGAUGAAUCAGGAUUCCCUCUAUGCCCUAAAACGGGCAAAGUUUUGGGUCCUCGAGGGUAUAAAAAUUUAUAUAAGAUUAAAACCGGGUCUGAUAAGGAGAACGUUACGGUAUUAGUACAGGGUUCCCACCAACAAAAUGAAACAAAAUUCCCUGACUUUUCCAGACCACCAAAGGCGAUAGUAGAAAACAUGCCGCCGUCGUGGGUACUGGGAAAAUCUGAGAGCGGGUGGAUGCGGUCUGAUGUAUUUUUUGAAUAUAUCGCCAAUGACUUCAAUAAGUGGGUCGAUGAGAAUAAAUUAAAGAGACCUAUCCUGCUAUUGGUAGAUGGCCACAGGUCUCAUAUGAGUUUGCCAUUUAGCCAAUUUUGCGAUGCAAAUAAAAUUAUACUUUACGCGCUUCCACCGAAUACAACCCACAUGCUGCAACCCGCUGAUGUAAGCGUGUUUCGGCCUUUAAAGCAGCAGUGGAAAAAUACGGUUGCCCAGUGGCAGAGCGAACCAGAAAAUUUAAAUAGAUCUAUUACAAAGGUAAAUUUCUGUCCAGUUUUCAAUGAGGCUUUAAAAUCUUCCGACAUGACGAUUUCCAUAAAAAAUGGAUUUAAACGGUGCGGAUUAUUUCCCUUCGACCCCAAUAAUGUCGAUUACACUAAAUGUGUAAAAAAUACUUUGGAGGAACAGCACGCAUUAAACUCGACAAGGAUCGCGGAAAAUGAAGUAAUUAUCACAGAUGCAGACUUUAGGGCGGCAGAAAAAAUUAUUAAAAAAAUUGAAAGUAAUUUGGAAACUUACGGGAUUAAUACCGAAGUUAUCCUGAACGAAAUUAAAUUUCUUGAGGACGAAAUGCGUCAGUCCAAUGUUUCGUUCGGGACAUUUGUGGCGGAUGCCGAGCAAGCUGCUUCAAGCAUCUCAGUAGACCCGAUCAUGGAUAUUUCUGUCACAGAAGACGUCCUAAUAGAUGAACCUGAGAUCCCACCUUUAAUGCAAAUUUUAACACCCGAAAUAGUAGUUGGUGAGGAGAAAACUUUAACUGAUUCAGCAGACCAACUAGUAAAUUUGAUCGAAGGUGCCUCAACAAAUGAACUGGAGAAGCAGUCACCAGUGUUUGUUCUUAUCGAGUCUAAUAUUUCCUCCAAAACAGAGGAACCUGCCAAAAAUUCAAUAGUAUAUAUGGCCGAAGGCGUAGAAACAAUUGAAUAUCAGGGGCAUUCAUCUCUAGAUUCAAUUCUGGACAAACCAAAUCCUUCAGCCAAAAUACUUAGUGUGGAGGCAGAUCCGGUAGUACAUGUUACAGAAGAUGUCAGAACAAAUCAACAUGAGAGGCAAGCAUCACCAGCUCGUACCGAUUCUUCGCGCAAAACAACUGUGGUGGAGGAAACUUCAGUGACAAAUGAUCUGGUGCAACCAAUUGAGGAAACAGCCUCAUGUUCAAACGUGGAAAAUAAUAAACGAGAACCACUGCUUUCUUUGCAAGGCGCAUUUAAGCAGCAUCUGGUAUUUCCUGUAGCACUGGACAAGAAAAAAGAGGUCAAAGAGAAAUUACCUAGUGCCAUUUCCGGAGAAGCAUGGAGGGAGUAUUUCGCUAAAAAAGAAAAUGACGCCAAUCAUAAACUUAAUGAGAAAAAAAAAAGAAAAGAGGAGCGGGGGUUAAAGAAGCAGAACAAAAAACUGAAGACGGGAAAAGUCAGAAAAAAUGUUGGCAAAAAACAAGUACCAAAUAAGCCUACAAAGAAAAAAAUUAAGUGUUCUUUGUGUGAUGAUGAAUUAGUCAGUGAUGCCGAGGAAGAGGGUGAAAGGAAUAUCGGCUGUGACUUUUGUCAAAGAUGGUAUCACCUACACUGUACUGAACUCAAUGAUCUACCUUACUCUGUGGUAGCAACCAUGGAUUAUAAGUGCAAUUUUUGCUAA